UCCAAAAUAAUUGUGCAAAGUGUAAUGCGUACAGAGUUCGUAUAAAUAGUGUAUGUGGGCAAUUGGAGCAGCAUUAUCAGAUUUUCAUUCAUCAGAGCAACACCAGCUCAGCAGCACAAGUUCAACAGUCAACAAGUUAAUUGAAUCGAAAUGGCAUUCAAGUUCGUCGCUGUAUUCGCACUUCUGGCCGUCGCCAGCGCUGGCUUAAUCCCAGCCGCACAAGUGUACCAUGCUGCUCCAGCCGCUCAUGUCAUUAAAGCCGCGCCAGUAGCUUACGCUGCUCAGCCUGUCUUGGCUAAGGCUGAUGAUGAAUACGACCCACAUCCUCAGUACAAAUAUAGUUACGGCGUGGAGGACGCUGUAUCCGGUGAUUCCAAGAGCCAAGUGGAGGAACGUGAUGGUGAUGUGGUCCGCGGUGAAUACUCCCUCAUCGAUGCUGAUGGUUACAAACGCACUGUCCAAUACACUUCCGAUGAUGUCAAUGGUUUCAACGCAGUCGUGAGCCGUGAACCCCUUGUAAAAUCCGUUGCCGUUGCUCCAGUCGUCAAGACCGUUGCUCCAGUUGCUCAUUAUGCUGCUCCAGCAGUCGUCAAGACCGUUGCACCAGUCGCCCACUACGCCGCUCCAGUUGCCCACUACUCAGCUCCAGUCGCUCACUACUCAGCCCCUGCUGUAGUUAAGACUGUUGCCCCAGUUGCCCACUACGCUGCCCCCGCUUACACCACCUACACCACUGCCGCCCACCACUAAAUGCCCGAUUUCGUAGCUUGAGUUGAUUGACUGUUUGUAGUAUAAUUAAAAAUGUGAUUUUCAAAUAAAUAAAUAUGUAAUAAUUAAAA